AUUCCUAAGAUCCAACCAUAUAAAAGUCUUAAAGUACUUUUACACAUAUCCCACCUUCCCUUAAUACACAAACUUUACUUCAGCCAAGUAAAAGCAGCAUCCUCAAACUUUCUUCCUCUACUACUACCUCCCUCCCUAUCUUACCAUCCUUUCCUUCCAAGAUCCAUAACCAUGAAACAUCAAACAUAUUACUUGAUUUAAACUUUGGCUUAAUGCCGAACGUAUCGAAAAUCUUAGCACCAUCUCCUCGAUCCGCCACUCUUUGUCAAUGCCAAGGCCUAUAAUCGGGUCGCAACGCCGCACACACCCGUUAAUAUGGUGCGUAGCAAUAGUCUGCACAUUCUGCACGGUAAUAGUUAUCAUAACUGGUAUGGUUGUGUUCAUCGGAUACCUCGCAAUUCAACCGAAAGUACCCUUUGUAAGCGUUACAUAUGCACACGUUGAUAAGUUUGAGUAUAUUACUCAAAGUAGUGUUCUUAAUACUGAGAUUAGCAUUGUUUUUAAGGCACAAAAUGAUAAUGCUAAAGCACAUGUUAGCUUCUCAGAGUUUGUUUAUUACCUUAAGUUUCAUGGUUUGAUUAUUGCUAAAUUGCAAAAUCAUGCCUUUGAAGUUAACAAGAAUGAUUCUGUAACAUUUAAUUAUGAUGUUAAGUCUUAUUCUAUACCAUUGGAUUUGUAUCAUAGUGCUAUGGUUGAUCGUUCUUAUAGGGAGAAUAGAAUAAGUUUUGAUUUAAUUGGGCGUACAAGAACAAGGUGGAGAGUUGGGCCAUUCAAGUCUGUUAAAUUCUGGUUGCACUUGAAUUGUGAGCUUAAAUUUCAGUUGGAUGGGAUUAAUGUUGAUUCUCAUUGUACCACCAAGUCUAAAUAAGAGAAUUAUGGGAGCGUAAUGGUUGGAGCUCCCACCUCCCAACCUUAUAAUCGGGAGUUUGAUUCUCAUUAACCCCAAAAUUUGGGGUGUUUGUGGGUAAAAAUCUCCACUUUCCAGUCUCUGGAAGUUUUUCUUAUGGGUUGAGAUCCCCUUGUUAUCCACUAACUCAUGAGGGUCUAAAUAAAAUUGGUUUUUUUUAGGAUUUGUAGAAAAGGGAAAAAAAAAAAAGGACAUAGUUAUAGUUUGGUUAAAAUGGGUAUACUUUUGUAAAUUGUAUACAUGAGUUUUUUUGAUUUGGAUUUAUUUAGAUUAUUUUCUUGCCUAGCACUUUCUUUUGAGAUUAUUGUUCUACAUUUCUUUUCUUUUGUCAUUCUUUUUAAAAAGUUUC